UCGCUGUCGAUGGUUCGACGGAGGCCGGUGCAGCCAGUUUCGCCGGACGACUGCCAUAGCGACUGCGAUUCGUCGUCCUCGGUUGUCGAUGAUGAUGAGGUCUGUGUGCUUGCUUCUUUCCGUAGAGCCUUGCCGUUCGAUCUUAACCUACCGCCUCCGAUGGACGUCGUGGAUUUAACCGGUGAUGAUCUUCAAGCCACUGCUUUAUGCCUCUGAUGAUGCCGAUGCUGUGCUUGCUUCAUAUCAUCAUGGUUUUUAAUGGUCCCUUUUCCACAUUUCUUCUGUUUUUUCUAUCUUAUUUUAUCGGGAAAAACACUAAACUGAAAAAGAAAAAAAAAUUCUGAACAUGGUGGUAAGUUGAAGAGAAAUUUGCUCCCUCCCCCACCCUCUCCCCUUUUGUUUAUCGACCCUUACUUUGUUAGACUAUUUAGACUGGGUUCAUUCGACGGCCAUGGGCUAUAAAAUGUUGUCUGUAUCAUUGAAGCUUUUAGCAUCGUUUAAGCUGCUGUGUAUCUGAUCUGGGAUUUUCCUUUCUUGAUCCGAUUCACAUCAUCGAUCCUUACUUCUGUACAAAGAUUACCCAUCUAAUUAAAAACAUCUGUAGUGUUCUAAUUGCCAUAAAA